UCGCUAUUACACUGCUCUCCUCCUACUUUUUUUUUUACUGAAAGCUCUCCUACUUACUCACUCACCAUUGUUUUUUUUUCUUUCUUUUCUUUUUCUUAUUAUUAUAAAUAACUCAGACACCGUUGUCACAUAAACAAAGCUCUUCAUUCUCUAUCUCUUGCUCGUUUUAACACCCUCUGCCUAGUUUGUUUUCAAGAUUUGAGACUGAGACAGAGAAACCGAUAAUGUCGGGUGAGAAGCAAGCGGAGGAGGCAAUAGUUGUCUCAGGCGUCAGCGAAGCGGGGGAUGAUGGAGCCGGCGGAAAAGUGGAAGAUUCAACUGCAGAGGAUAUUAACAGCGGCGACGCCAGUGAUGGAUUUAGCAUGAAGAGUUUUCUUUGGCAUGGCGGAUCCGCUUGGGACGCUUGGUUUAGCUGUGCCUCCAAUCAGGUGGCACAAGUGCUGUUGACACUGCCGUAUUCGUUCUCGCAGCUGGGGAUGUUAUCAGGAAUAUUGCUUCAAAUAUUCUAUGGACUAAUGGGAUCUUGGACUGCUUACCUCAUCAGUGUUCUUUACGUCGAGUAUCGAGCCCGAAUGGAGAAACAAGAGGCCAAAUCAUUCAAAAACCACGUUAUUCAGUGGUUUGAGGUGCUUGAUGGGCUGCUGGGUCCGUACUGGAAAGCAGCGGGGCUCGCAUUUAAUUGCACCUUCUUGUUAUUCGGAUCAGUCAUCCAGCUCAUCGCUUGUGCUAGCAAUAUAUAUUACAUAAACGAUAGACUAGACAAGAGGACUUGGACAUAUAUAUUUGGUGCUUGUUGUGCCACGACCGUCUUCAUACCAUCUUUCCACAAUUACCGUAUUUGGUCUUUCCUCGGCCUUGCCAUGACCACUUACACUGCUUGGUACCUCACCAUCGCCGCAUUUCUCCAUGGCCAAGCUGAGGGUGUGACACAUUCUGGUCCGACCAAACUUGUGCUGUACUUUACCGGAGCCACCAACAUUCUCUAUACAUUUGGCGGGCACGCUGUGACUGUGGAAAUAAUGCAUGCGAUGUGGAAACCAAGGAAGUUUAAGAGCAUCUACCUGAUGGCGACACUGUACGUCUUCACAUUAACGCUUCCGUCAGCGUCCGCCGUCUAUUGGGCUUUCGGCGACCAACUUCUCAACCAUUCAAAUGCUUUCUCUCUCCUCCCUAAAACGCGUUUCCGUGAUGCCGCCGUCAUCCUCAUGCUCAUCCAUCAGUUUAUAACGUUUGGAUUUGCGUGUACACCGUUAUACUUCGUAUGGGAAAAAGCAAUAGGAAUGCACCACACCAAAAGCAUAUGUCUAAGAGCGAUCGUGAGGCUGCCGGUGGUGGUUCCCAUAUGGUUUUUAGCCAUUAUUUUCCCAUUUUUUGGUCCCAUAAACUCCGCGGUUGGAGCUCUACUCGUUAGCUUCACCGUCUACAUCAUCCCUGCCUUAGCCCAUAUGCUCACCUACCGCACCGCCUCUGCCCGUCGGAAUGCGGCGGAGAAGCCGCCGUUCUUUUUGCCAAGCUGGAGCGGAGUUUACGUGAUAAAUGCAUUCGUGGUGGUUUGGGUGCUUGUUCUAGGGUUCGGGUUUGGAGGAUGGGCUAGCAUGACCAACUUCAUCAGGCAAAUUGACACUUUUGGCCUCUUUGCCAAGUGCUAUCAAUGCAAGUCGCCGAUUCCUCCUCCUCCUACUCCGGUCACCGGUAGUAAUCACCACCGCCGUUAGUGAAGUAUUGAAGUGUGAGCUUCUUCAGUUUUCUUUUGUUUUUCCUAUGUAUAAAAAGAAACAUACCUAUAUAAGCGAAUUAACAAUGCUACAUAUAUAAAUUUGAAAUUUGGUUUAACAUCA